AUGCUUCCUUGGGAUAGUGCCAGGCAAGAUAUCGACGAUCUUACAAAGUACUUUUCCUACGACGAAAGAUUCGAUUUCAUAGGUUUCAUCGCCCACGGAAGUUAUGGCUCUGCGAGUCGCGUCCGAUACCAGAACCCGGCCACGGGAGUCUGGAACGACUUUGUGGUGAAGAGGGCGUUUCAAUCAGAGGCUGCGGAGGAGGCUAUGAGAAAGGAAAGGGAGUACCUUAGGAGACUUCGCGGUGCUUUACAUAUUGUCCAGAUCCUGGAGGUUGAAAAUAAUCCUCUAGACGAAAACGCCGUCCAGGGAGAGUGGAUUACAAUGGAAUGGCUGCCUGGUGGCUCAAUGGCGGAUUUUAUCGUUAAGGCGAGAAAGAAAGUAGAUCGGUUGCCGAAUCGGUUGCUUUGGAGGUUCUUCUUAUGCCUCAUAAGAGCUUGUAUAGCAAUGGCGGACCCUCCAAACCGUAGUGAUGGUAAGGUAGAGAGAGAGAGAGUAUUAGGCGAACUUCCAGAAGAGGGUGUAUCGCAUAGUGACCUCCAUAACGGGAACGUUGUUCUUGGAGAGCCCCCUGAGGAUUUCGAGCAUACGAUUACGCCAAUUUUGAAGGUCAUUGACUUCGGUAAUGCUGGAGAGUGGGCCUGGAUCGAGUUCACGGGCACAACUACACAUAGCAAUCUCUGGGACGUAGGCAAGCUCAUGGUUAGUUUGAUUACUUUGGAUGAACGCCCUUAUAUCGUAAACGUGGGUUUGGGCGAGGUUACACUACCCGAGCGCGGGAUAAUAUUGACAACAGAUGCCGAAAAAAUCCUCCCGCUCGAGGAGCCCGGCGCGCCGUACCCUCUCCUCGACCCGCUGUUAGGGAGGCUCAUCUGCUGGUGUCUAGCGACUGAGCCUUCAGACCGUCCUAGCCUAUGGGACAUAGGUAACCAAGUAGGAUUUGCUGUAGGCAGUAAGCUGGCGGCGGCUUACCCUAAUCGACCAGAGGAAGAUAAUGACUAUAUAUCUCAGCUCUGGCGGAGAAUCGUCUUCGAAGCAGACACUUAGGCUUUAAGAAACGAGUUUAUUUUCAUCAUUGUAUUUUAUUUAUUAGACCCACGUCAUAUUAAAUAUUGCGUGAUUAGGGCGAUGGAAAGUUACAUCUGUUGGAAUAAUUUGACAUUAUAUAGUAUCCCCCAUAGGUUGGUAAUGGGUUAAGUAC